CUCCCAUUCCUCCUCCAGGGUGUAAAAAUGGUACGAGCAAGAGGAAAUGCUAGAAUGGAUGCACAAGAGGUUAAAGUAAAUGGAGAAGUAUCUGAGCCUAAAGUAUCUAAAGGUAGAGGUAGGAAACGGACACUUACGUCUAAGGCGCCACCUGAAACCAAAAAAAUCAAAGUGACCUUAGAAGCCCCAAAUGUGGAAAAUGGUGUGGUGCUCACAGUUGGCAUGGGUGACGUUGGCCAACUUGGAUUAGGCCCAGACGUUGAGGAGAAGACUCGACCAGCUGUUGUACCUGCUCUUAGUGACAUUGUUGCUAUUGCAGCAGGUGGCCUUCAUUCAGUAUUUUUGGAUACGGCUGGCAAGGUAUAUACUUGUGGUUGCAAUGAUGAGGGUGCCUUGGGCCGUCACACAGACAAUGAUGAAGAUACCUACACUAGUGGUCCCGUGGAUGUUGAGGGAAAAGUGGUUCAAGUUAGUGCCGGAGAUUGUCACACAGCAGCCCUUCUUGAAGAUGGUCGACUGUUUGCCUGGGGAUGCUUUAGGGAUAACAAUGGUCCCUUAGGAUUCUUAGAUAAAGGGCAUUUACAGAAAACACCUAGACAAAUUUUAAGUGAUAUUGCUGUUAUAAAGAUCUCAUCAGGCAACAAUCACCUGGCAAUGCUGGCUCAUGAUGGUCGUGUGUUUACGUGUGGAUGUGGGGAAUCAGGACAACUAGGAAGGAUUGCUGAAGUUUUUGCUACCAGAGAUUCCAGGAACCGAAAAGGCAUAGAAACUUUACUUGACCCACAGCCCAUAAAAGUUUUCAAGAAUAGAAAAGCUGUUUUAUUUGACGACGUGUGGGCUGGAGGAGUUGCCACUUUUGCCCGGGCACGUGAGACAGGAAAUAUCUAUGCAUUUGGGCUCAACAAUUACAACCAACUUGGUGAUGAAGAUACCAAUCAUAAGUUUCAGCCAGUUUUAUUAAAGAACUUUUUUGGUAAAACCUGGAAACAAAUCUCAACUGGACAGCACCAUAGUUUGGCUAUUACUGAAGAUGGAACAACACAUUGUAUGGGACGUCGAGAAUAUGGACGUUUAGGGUUGGGACACCUGGAUGAUGACAUCAAGAAACCUACACCAGUAACAUCUUUAGAAGGACAAAAAGCCAUUCAUGUGUGGGAAUGUGUUUCUUUGGUGGUCAUGGAGUCUGGUGAUGUGUAUGGCUUUGGGAUGGGAACAAACAACCAGCUGGCUCAGGGAAAUGAGGAAGACCAGUUAGUUCCUGUAAAGUUGACUGGCAACCAGCUAGCUCAGCGAAGAGUUGUGGCGGCAGCAGCUGGAGGACAACAUACAAUUAUUCUUGCUGUACCCAAGUGAUGUUUGUUGUUUUAGGAUGUAUUAUUUUCUUAUAAUGUAAAGGUACUUUAUUUUGCUCAAUGGCACAACUAAUCAGUGUCCAUAUGCUUGUUUUGAUAACUUAUUUGUACAAAUUUGUGUGACUGAAUGCCUUGCUAGCCUGUGUGUGGUUUACAUUAAGUCAUUUACAUUUUGAAUAUGAAUGUUUAGUAUACUGUAUGUACUUCUGAUUUCUAUGUUAUAAACUAGAAAUGUUCAUAUGAAGCACAGUUUUCAGAGCUAUUUACCUUGUGUAAACAUGCUUUUUGUGCAUUUAAAAAUCUUUUAAUAAAAUUUGGGAUCUUGCCAAAUUUUUCAUUGAAUUCUGAAGUACAUAUAAUACAGUUAACUUUUAAAAUUUAUUUCUAAUUUCUGUUACAUGGUCAAGACUAAAGUGGAAGUAUUAUUUUUUGCGUUUUCUGUGAAAGAGUUUUGACGGAUUCCAAAGAAAUAGUUUUAAUUUAUUUUAAAGACAGGUCACUUAAGUAGUUUUAUUCUUAGGUUAUUGGGAAUAUUUUACAUAUAACUGUUUUUACCAGAGAGGCAGUAUAAAUGAAUUAAAUUGUUAUUUAGAUAAGCAAGCCGGUGAUAUGAUGUUAGUUCCUGUGAUUAAAAUAAAGGUUUCACAGA